ACACACACACACUAGCUUCAGGCUGUGUGUCUUUCAGUUUCACUCGUUGCCUGCUCUGGUUGAUGAAGUAAAAACUCCUGUAGAAGCAGCUUUUUGACACAUGACACUUUAAACUCCGGUGCUGAAACCAUAACGGCUGGAUGAGUGGGCCAACCUUUGCCCCCCCCUCUGCAGAGGUGGCUCAGAUCAACCGCAUCCAUUAUGAGUUGGAGUACACAGAGGGCAUCAGCCAGCGCAUGCGGAUCCCUGAGACCCUCAAGGUGGCCUCAGACCACCAGACAGGGUCUUUGCCAUACCAGCAACACCUUCACACUCACACUCACACUCUGAUGCAAGUGCCCGAGAGGAUCAUUGUAGCAGGGGAUGAUGAUGACCCUCAAUUCUCUCGUCCCAGAGACUUGGAUCUGAUUCAGUCCGUUCCGCCCAUGGACCUCCUGGACAUGAAGGCCCCGCCGCGUGUCCUCACCCUUACCGAACAAUCACUGGACUCCCUUGAAACUGACCCAGCUGCCAAUUCACAGAACAACCCCAGCCAAGUUGCCCAUUUUCAUUCACGGUCUCGAAGGGAACGCAGUAUCAGUGAGAACAUAUCUGGUCGCCACAGCAGUCAGACCAGCAGAGUUGAUCUGAGUGUAACCCCUUCCCCUUCUGCCCCCCCAGUCCGGUUGUGUCCCCCUCUCUGUUCCCCUGAGGAUGCAAACAUCAACCUGUUCACAGCUGCAGGGUUCCUGACUUAUAUCCAGUCAACAACUCGCCGGGCGUACCAGCAGGUGCUUGAAGUCUUGGACGACAGCCACCGAAGGGCACACCUGGACCUGGCCCUGGACAUAAACCCUGAUGAGUCUGGCUUAGUGGACGCCUCCUCACUUCGACGACAGAUUGUGAAGCUGAACCGACGUCUGCAGCUGCUAGAAGAAGAAAACAAGGAACGCUCGAAGCGAGAGGUGAUCCUGUAUUCAGCUACUGUGGCAUUCUGGCUCAUCAACACCUGGAUCUGGUUCCGUCGCUGAGGUGGGACAAGACGGAGUCUCCCAAAACACUGGAUGCCAAAGCAAUUUCUUGUUAAAGGUGCAAUCACAAAAAAACAUGAUGCAGUUUUUACCAGCAUCUAAAGGCAACCACAAAAAACUGGAAUUUGUAGUGUCCUUCACCCCAACCCUCCAUAUUUUUAUUGCAAAUUCUUGAAAUUUGUCAAAUUUCAAGCUUACUCUUCAGAGAUUAGACCUGUGGCAGGAAAACUACUGUCAACACCUACUGACUGACUCUGGUGGUGCAAUACAACAUCACUCAAACUGGAAGUAAAGCUAAAUGGCUCUCAUUCAAAGAUUCAUAUAUGUAUUUAAUUCCUGUAUUAACUGGCAAAUGACGACCAAAACAAAGCACAAAGACACUCCAGCUGUGUAACCGAAGUUUGAUGCAUCAGCAACAAACAUUCGCCAGCUGUGGCCAAUGAUAACGACAUCUUAGAUGUCCAACAAAUACAUUUUGAAUUCUAAACCACUGUUUAACUUUCUCAGAGGGAGAUUUAUAUCCUCCACUUUCACAUAUUGCACAAAUGUUCUUUUUGUGUUUGUUGAAUGAAAUGCUUUGUACUAAAAUCCCCGGGGUUGUGAAGCAUUCCCAAAAAACAUUUUGUUUAGCAUUGAUAUCAAGAGCCACUGACGGUAUUAAUCACACCUGCCAAUAGUGCUGCGAAAAUUAUUCCUAUCAUCAAUAAAUCAGAUGAUUAUUUUUUCAAUUAAAUUAUUGAUUGUUUGGUCCAAGGUAGGGCUGAAAAAUGUCGGAAAAAUAUGUAAUUGUGAUUAUUUUGUCUGAUAUUACAGUUGUGAUAUGAUUUGCAAUAUUAGUGGGACUUACACAUUUCACACUAUUAUUCUCAUUUUAAUUGAAAAACAUUAAAAUGAUUAUGGUGUGAUCUUUGCAGGGAUCAGUAACAAACAGAGGUUGUCUUAAAGGACAAGUGUAUAAGAUUUAGCGACAUCUAGCAGUGAAGUUGCAGAUUGCAACCAACUAAUUAAUUGUUCAGCCCUUUUUCAAGGUGACGUAGUCAAAUUACAUGUUUUUAUAUGACUUGCAGUCUGAAACCCACAGGUUCUCAUUGUGCUAUCACACAUGACAAAGAAAAGCAUCCAGUCCUCACAUUUGAGGAAUAUUCUGGCAUUCCUGCUAGAACAUUUAGUUUCAGCUCUAUUUGCAAACCCCCACUGAUAUAUUAUAGUUACUUUGUGAGGCAGGAUUAGCCGAGACGCUGUUACUGAGUGCACCUUUAAACCUGAAGAAUCCCAUGCACAGUGGAAACAGAUGUUACAGUAAUGCUUACCAUUGUAUGUAUUUUGAGAGUAGAGAACAAACUUUGUAAAUGAGUAUUUGUAGUGACAGGAGGAGAAGAAUGAUUAGAUGGAGAAACAAGGAUUUACUUUAGCACCAAAUGUUUUGGGGACCUGACCCAGAGCUGGAGCUCCAGUUACAGGACCAAGCCACAGACCUGACCUGUCUCGUCUGUUUGAAGUUGAGGUUCAGCAGUUUUGUCAUAAAUUACCAUUCUUCAAAGUGUCAAAGUAUGAUGACUUAAUCUAGAGAUGCCAUAAUAUUUACCAUAAAUAUCCUCUGAGUCCUGCGUUACCCCAAACAUUUGUGUACAGUACUCUAAUAGCCUAUAGUUGAAGUGAUGUAGUUUAUUCCUUCAUAUUAUUUUUUUAACCUCUUUGACAGUCAUGAUAUGAAACUCAUAAAUGACACCGAUUAUGAGCUUGAUGAAACUUGAAGUGGCAACAUCUAAGGAUGUUAUCAAAUGAUGUAUUCCAAUGCUGUCUUUGCAGUUUGCUUUCCAGAGACUUUGACCACUCAAGUUUUUCCCCACCUUUUCCACAAGAGACGUCAGCAUGGACUGUGUGGUUUUAUUCAUCAUACAGUGUGAUACACGUCUUAGAGCUAUUGUGUGUAUGAUCAUGUGUUAAAGGUGGCUAUGUAUAUGAAAUAUUGAUGUCAUUAUUUUUGGAAUAAUGAUGUAUUUCAUGGAGAUUUAUUGAUAACAUAUCAACAAAAUGUUUAUUUUUUCUCUCUGUUAAGCACUGUACCUCUCACUAAAGCUGGAGUUUUAAGUUAAGAGUUUUCCUUUCUUUGUAAUACAUUAAUACAUUUGUCGUUUGUAAAUA